CGAAUUACUAAGGUAUUCCAAAUUUUGAGGUAAGGAAGCCCAAGGUCUCUUAUUUCCCCCAUGAAAUCUGCCAAAAUAAUGGGCCGUACCAAUCGUGGCACAAACAAAAACAAAACUUGGAAUGGGAAGUAUAUUUCGGAUCCAGCCCAAGAAAGGGGAAAAAAUAUUAUUAGUUCAAAUUUUGAAGUUUAAUCUGAAAGAUAGUACAAGUAAUUUCACCUACUAGUGUUUGUUUUUACGACUGCAGAAAAGUAAUUAAAGAGGGGAUGGAAGGUGGAAGAGAAAAAGAAGAGGAACAAGAUGGCGUUUCCGUACAUUCCCCUUGCAAAGCUCCGCCGUCCUCCGCUUCUUCUCUUCCUAAGGAGGUGGAAUUGGAACUCAGGCUAUUGGAAGCACUUGAAAUUUAUCCUCCCGUCAAAUUACGAGGCGUGCAUCGCCACUUUGUCCUCUAUGGUCUGAUGGAAUUCCUGAGGAAAAGCCUGGACCGGCAUUUUUCUCCAGACGAGGUUCUGCAGUUGCUAGAUCGUUUCUACAACUUGGAAGUGCUGAAACCAGAUGAUGAAGAGAUUGAUAUUCUAAACCAUGAGGAAGAUUUUUGCUUGCCACAAAGCUAUUUUGUCAAGGAGGAACCCUAAAUCAAUUUUGGGGGUAUUUGGGGGGGGCAUCCUGAUAUUUGUACUAGACUUGGUUUUUUUUACUUGAGAUCUGAUGAUUUCUAACUGUGAUAAUGUUCCUUUAUCAAUUUGCACAAUAUUAUUGUAAAAAUUAGGUUGCAAUUUUGAUGGGAUGUAAUUAGUUUGGCUCAACCAUCUUUUGACACCUUAUUAUUACUUUAUUAUUUUUUUAUCUCAGCUUAUUAUUAUUUUAUGA